AUGAAUGCCGGGGCGCUGCGACGAGCGCUGCCUGCCAGGCUAGCAGCCAGCAGCUCGCAAGAAUCUGCAGUCUCGAGUCGAGCUCUGUCGCAACACUUCCCGAAGCCCGAAUCUCUGCUGCAGCAGCCGCAUUUCCUUCGCCCGUCGAUUUCUGGUUCGCGCAAUCUGCCCUCUUUCACCCCUGCCGGCUUCCAUACGCUGGCUGGGUCGCUACGUCUAUCUCAGGUACAACAAACUCAGUCUCUAUCGCAUUCGGCCACUGGAGGCCUGUCAACCUCGGGCCAUGGACGCAUACUGCAACUAGCUCGCCAAUUCUCCAGCACGUCUUUCGCUGCGCGGGAAGUCCAAUCAAAUACCGGAAAUGCGACUCGGCAAACGCUGGAGCCUACAAGGCAGACAAAGGACACGGAUGAGGACGAAGCCAACCAGGAAUUUCAGAAAAGCGAACGGGCAGCCAAUGCGGCGCAAGUCAAUCUAUCUGCUAGGUUAUCUAAAGAGGGCACGCCCAAGUCGAAGGCUGGCUUUAAGGAAAUAUGGAGGUUGCUCUCGAUUGCCAAGCCCGAGGCUCGGUGGUUGGGCCUGGCUUUCUUCUUCCUCAUGAUCUCUUCUGGUGUUACCAUGUUGAUACCAUUUUCCGUUGGUCGCAUCUUGGAUAUCUCGACAAAGGGCAACAUCGAUGAUGUUAACAUCUUUGGUCUCUCCUUGAACCAGUUUUUCAUGGCCCUUGGUGGCGUUCUCACACUCGGAGCCAUGACCAGCUUUGGACGAGUCAUUCUGCUGCGUAUCAUCGGAGAGAGAGUCGUCGCCAGAUUACGAUCCCAGCUUUACAGGAAAACCUAUGUUCAAGAUGCUGAAUUUUUCGACGCCAAUCGAGUUGGUGAUCUCAUCUCACGACUUGGUUCCGAUUCCGUCAUUGUUGGCAAAUCAAUUACUUCCAACCUGAGUGAUGGACUUCGAGCAAUCUUCAGCGGCGGUGCUGGAUUCGCAAUCAUGAUCUGGACGAGUGCCAAACUUACCGGCAUCUUGUGUCUCAUGUUCCCACCCAUUGCUAUUGGCGCCUUCUUUUACGGACGAGCGAUUCGAAAUGUGAGCAGGUCGAUACAGAAAAAUCUCGGUACCUUGACAAAGAUUGCGGAAGAACGACUUGGAAAUAUCAAGACCAGCCAGGCAUUUGUUGGAGAGGUUCAAGAAGUUGGGCGGUACAACAGACAGGUCCGCAGGAUCUUUGCUCUUGGCAAAAAGGAGUCCCUCAUUGCUGCAACCUUCUUCGCUUCAACGGGCUGGGCUGGUAACAUGACGAUUCUGGCCAUGUUAGUUGUCGGUGGGAAUUUGGUGAGGUCCGGUGCCAUGUCUCUGGGAGAUUUGACUUCUUUCAUGAUGUAUACUGCAUUUGCGGGCUCCAGUCUGUUUGGUCUCUCAGGCUUCUACUCAGAACUCAUGAAGGGCGUUGGUGCCGCAAGUCGAUUGUUCGAAUUACAGGAUCGGAAACCCACCAUUCACCAGACGGUCGGAUCCCCCGUUAAGUCAGCUCAGGGCACCAUUCGAUUUUCCGACGUUCAUUUUGCCUACCCAACCAGGCCUGCAGUGAAGAUUUUCAACGGCUUGGAUUUCGAAAUUGCGUCUGGUAGCAAUGUCUGCGUCGUUGGGCCAUCAGGAGGCGGCAAAUCGACAGUUGCGUCAUUGCUCUUGCGAUUCUACAACCCUACAUCCGGAUCUAUUACCAUCAACGGUGUCGAUGUCUCAACAAUGAACAUCAAGUCGCUGAGACGGCGCAUUGGUGUUGUGUCUCAAGAGCCCGUACUGUUCUCAGGCACCAUUGCUGAAAACAUCGCAUAUGGCAGGCCACAUGCAAGUCGCGCGGAAAUUAUUUCGGCAGCCAGGAGAGCAAACUGCACAUUUAUCAGUGAUCUGCCUGAAGGCCUUGAAACACAGGUCGGCGCCCGAGGAUCCCAGCUUUCCGGCGGUCAAAAGCAGCGCAUUGCCAUUGCUAGGGCACUGCUCAAGGACCCUGAUAUUUUGAUUCUUGACGAGGCCACUUCAGCUCUGGAUGCAGAGUCCGAGACAUUGGUAAAUGAAGCUCUUGCGGGGCUGCUCCGCGGACACAACACCACUAUAUCCAUUGCGCACCGACUGUCUACGAUCAAGAGGUCCGAUCUCAUCAUUGUGCUGAACAAGGACGGAAAGGUGGCUGAAAUUGGCAGCUAUGUCAAGCUUGCUGCUGAUAAAGAAAGCGCCUUUAGCAAACUGAUGGAGUGGCAGAUGAGUGGUGGCGAGAUCCCGGAGAAGCGGCCAUCCACAGAGGCCACUUCCCACAUUACAGAAUUUGAGGAGAUUGAGGAUGAUCUUGCCAGAGAUGAAGACGCUGAGAGAUUCGUGGACGAAGGUGAAGAGGCGAACAGAGAAAAGGCUGCUCUGCCAUCAGAAGAUAAAGGAAGAAGCCCUUGA